AUGGGCCAAAGACACAACAGACGCCGUACUCGACCACGGUCUCGCAACAGAGCCGCAAGCCUCGACUCCGUGCUGAGUUCGUCAUUUACAUUCGAUUUUGCUGCUCGCUCUCCCGUCAGCCAACAUUCGGAACUUGCCGUUCUCGCACCACUCGCACACACCCGGCACAACUGGUUAGAAGAAUGGCAGAGUUACGAAAUGAACGAAUGGUUUGACGCCGAUCAGCUCGCAAUACAGCAGCAAUAUCGAUACUUCGGCGGUGAGCCCGGAGAUGAUGAAAAUCUGUGCUAUAAUAUGCUCGACUAUUUUGAUCGACUCGAUUAUAUCGAUACUUGA